AUGUCCCGAAACCGCCCUCGGCCCAGGGACAAUGGGUUCGGAAAUAACGAGGAAUUGGAGCUCUGGACCAAAAUCUGCCAAGAUAUUCGAAAAUCAAAGGAGAAAUUUGAUCAACAGAGCUCAUUGUCUUUACAGAUCAAAGGAUUGAUUGACAAGAUCACCAAUGACGGCAAUAAACCAACCAUGGCAGAGCACGACCAGCUCGAUAGCUGGCUGCGCCAGAGUCAGAAGCUCAGCGAAGCAGAGCGCUCGAUCAUGCAGGAAGAGCCAUGCGAUGUAAUCAAGAAUCUAGAGCUUCUUACAGCAUUGCGCAAAGCAUCCGAGGCCGAGGCACCACCCAAUCGAUCGGCAUCAUUCAACAAGUCCCGCAAGAAAAGAAAUGAGGUCGAAGGCUCAGUGACCGAUUCCCCCAGUGCCUCGGGGGCAGACAAAUCCGCUCGUUCAAAAGGGACCGCACCCCGCAGCUCAAGUGUUUCCUCCAAUACGCAAUCUCGUGACGGACCUCGUCAGGAAAAUAUCAUGGUCAAGAUCGAAGAGGUGCCCUCGGAGGGCACCAAGGGCACCAUCGCCGAGCGGAGUGGUGUGCUGCAGAUCGGGGCUCAGGUCGUGUUUAAGCACAAUAAGAAUAAGCAAGGCGUUGAAGUCCAGGAUCCAGAGCCAAAUGAGAACGGCGAACAAGGCGCUGUCUACAAGACUACUGCUGUCUCUCUCAUUCCCAUCCCUCCGGUGAACGGCAACUUGACUCCGUACCCGGCUGGCAAGCAAGUCCUCGCCAGAUAUCCCGACACCACCACUUUCUAUCGUGCGGAAGUGAUGGGAGCGAGAAAGGAUGUCUACCGCCUCAAGUUUGAAGGCGAGGAGGACGACAAGGAGAUGGAAGUCGACCGACGAUUUGUGUUGGAUAUCCCGGGCAGAUGA